AUGGAAAAGUGUCGAAUAUGUUUACGACAACGCAAAAAACUUCUUUGGUUAAGUACAAAAGUAAACGGAAUUACAUUUGCCGAAAUGAUGUCUGCAAUUGCUAACGUUAAGGUUUCAAACGAAGACAGUUGUUGUGGUAUGCUAUGCCGUAACUGCCGUGUAAAAUUAAUAGAUGCAUACAAUUUCAAAAUAGAAAUUGAGAGAUCAGAAAUGAUACUACAACAAACUUCCAAUACAAAAAGAAUCUACUUUAGCAACAUAAAUGACAUUAAAAUUGAUAUUGAAAUAGAUACUGAUUUUAAGCCAAUUUUACCAGAAAUGGAUAAUUUUUAUCAGAAACUAGUUGAAACUGGGACCAAUACCCUAUCAUACAAUGAUACUUUGAUAAAAAGAUUAGGUAACCCAAUUGAAGGCUAUGAAAACAAAUCACUGUCUGUGGGUGAAUUUUUGAAUUCUAUUAAAAAUGAAACUGAUAAUGAUUGUGAUUAUCAGGCUUAUGAAAUAGGUUCCAAUGACUAUUACUCUGAAUCAGGCAGUAACUACAGCAAUGAUGACAGCGAGAAAAAAAAGAAGAAAACCAAAAAGAAAACAAAACAUAGUGGUUCAAAAAACAGUUCAAAAGAGAGAGUCAGAAAAGAUGGGCCACAGAUAGUUCUAGAAAAACCUCUAAAACCUAAAUACAUAGAAGAUUUGAGAUUAGUCAGGACAGACCCUGAGGUGAAACCUCAGAGAAAUACAGUUAAAAAACCUAAAAUUUCAAAACCUAAUGUUUGUCCCUAUUGUGGUAAACUAUCCAAGAGUAUGGACAAGCAUAUAUUGAUUCACACAGCUGAAAGGAAAUUCAAAUGCGAUCAGUGUGGAAGCGCAUUUUUCACAUUGACUGUCUUAAAUUCCCACAUGAAACGUCACACGGCAAUUAAAAAGUUUAAAUGUGAUCAUUGCAUCGCUGCUUUCGCCAAUGAGAGAGAGUUACGAAGCCACAACAUAAUGCAUCAAGAUGAAAAAAAAUACAUGUGUAAUAUUUGCAAUAAAUCAUUUAAAAGGAAACCAAUUUUAAAGCGACAUAUGAUGAUACACAAUUUUGGUAGUAAACCCAUCCCAUGCGAACUAUGCCCAAUGACGUUUAUUACUAAGUACAAUUUACGACAUCACAUGCGCGUGCAUACUGGCGAGCGACCUUUUAAAUGCGAGAUUUGUUCGCAACCAUACAGCUACAAACAUGACUUCAAUAGACACUGCCUGAAGAAGCACGGCGUGUUUUUGAAACGAAGAUCGGUGCGUGUUAUGAAUGACGAAGUAUUACAACAAGAGAGGGCCCUUAUGAGAGAACUGUCACUCCGUGCUCAUGGGAUUAUAAAGGAUGAUGAAGUUAAAAACCCAUUCGACGGCCCUCAGGCGGCGCAGGCGUAUGAACAAACUAUGAAAGCCAUUGCAGCCAACAAAAUACCAAUUAUAUUUUGA